UUUUAAUAUGACAAGCAGGUGCCCGUUGCGGUAGAAACAUGUCAAUAUCCGGUCAAUAUGGCGACCGAGUAACGAAAUAACGUUUAGGUGAAUCGAAAACAAAUAAAAACUUCUACCAUUAAAGUAUUUUACAGGCUGUAAAUCUAAGGCAACACAAUGUCAGACACUGAGGCCAAGGAAGUUACUGACAAGGAGAAGGAUCAGAAGGAGGAAAAAGAAAGGGAUACUACUAAGUCACCAAAGCCCAAGAAAACUCCUCCAAGCUCUGGGAAGUCAAGCCCAAAGAAGCCUGGGAGCCCUAAGUCAGGCACUGUCACACCCAAGAGCCCAGCUUCAAGAGGAAGAGCAACCCCUAAGGGUAAAAAGGGACAUAAGGAGGAACCUAAGGCCGAAACUCCAGCCCCUGAGGAGGAAGAGGAAAACACAGGUCCACCGGAGAAUGUUGUGCCAAUAUUCUUGUCAUCUAAGACCCAGCAGAUCUACCACUGUGUGUGUGACGAAGAUGUGACGAAGGACAGCCGAUUCAAGAUUAUCACCAAGGCGGAGAUUCUCGAGGACAUGCACAACCGUGCUGCCAUCUGCGAUUUCCACCCUAUGAAACAGAAAAUCAUUGAAUACCCAGGCGAUGAAUUCCUCAUCAUCUACGACUAUGACUUUAAGUUUGGCCAGAACUUCUACAUCGCUCUCACUGAGGAGGCCAAGGAUAAGUUGCUCAAUCCCCCUAAGAAGGGAGGUGCAGCGGGAGAGGAAGGUGGGGAGGAGGAGGAGGAAGAGGAAGACACAACAGUGUACAAGUAUGUUCCUCCACAGUCCAAGGAAUGGGUCUCACAUGGCAGUGAGAAGGAAAUUAAGGAGGAGUCAGUUGAGGAAAUGAGACGCAGGAUAAAAGUGUCAGUGCGGAGGAAGCGCCACCUAUUCGGAGCACCGUGCGAAUUCCAGGACCGGAAUGUGGGUGACGUAAAAGAUGGCUACAUUGAGUGUACCUCAUACAAGGAUAAAACCUUCGACCUUCAGAAGAAUGAACUAGACAAGGGCACUCAGGCGAUUCCCUGGUUCACUGAAAGUGGUACCCAGACAGAGUGGAAAUACCCCAGGAACGCCAACACCCAGUAUUACCCGCGGGAAUUUUCUACGAAAGAACAGGAGACCAUUGUUGCAAAGAAAGCAACUGGCGAGUUUGUUGGCGGGGUCUGUCCGAGGUUUGAGUUGGCCCUACAGCAGAAUGAGAUUAUGGACGUGUUUUUCAAUGACUGGCUUCACCUUGGUGAUGCACAUGACACCUUUGGCAGCAAGGCAGACAACCAUCUUAAGGAGUACCAAUCAUUCACAGACCUACAGUUUUCCAAGGAGAAGAAAAUUACGGACAUACAGUGGCACCCAACUAUAAAAGGUGUUGUGGCAGUGGCAGUGGCAGAAAAACUCUCAUUUGAUGAACGGAUAGACAACGCUGCUAAAGUUAUCAUGACACCUUCACUUAUCCUUAUAUGGAGCUUCACAGAUCCCAUCCAUCCACAGCUACUUCUUGAGGCUCCUGACGACAUCCACAGUUUCCAGUUUUGUCCAUCCGACCCAAACAUUAUAGCUGGAGGGUGUCAGAAUGGUCAGUUGGUGUUGUGGGAUAUCUCUGCACAUGCCGACAGACUCAAAGCGCCGCGCGGGGGAAAUAGGGGAAAGAAGGCCACUGUCCUGCCUGGUUUUGAGGACCCAAAUGCCCUGAAGACCCCUAUUGUGCGAUACUGUGCUGUAUCCAAUAUUGAGAACAGUCAUCAUGCGCCCAUCACCGACCUACUUUGGCUGCCAGACCAUCUUGAGAUCAACAGAAUGGGUGUCCCACAGGAGAAUAAGAGUUUCCAGUGCUGCCAGAUCUUCACAUGUGCUACAGACAACUGUGUGCUGGUGUGGGACACUCGACCCACAAAGGCACCUCAGCAACAACAAGGGAAGCAGAAAGACGGGCCAAAGAACCCCAUGGGAGUCCCCGAAACAUUCAAACACCUUGACCUCACAUGGAAACCACACCUCAAGGUGCACCUGCACAAGUCUGAGCCCGGCGGUGACCACGCCCCCACUAGGUUCUCAAUCGCUGAGAAACAGGGAGAUAGGGGGGCAUUGGGGAAGGCAACAGAGGGCGGGGUUCCAGACAAGGAAGCGAGCGUCACAGGCGGUUAUUUCCAGGCAGGAAAACCAGGCUCGGGCAAAGAGAAGAGGACCUUACAGAGCGUCAAGACACACUUCUUUGUUGGGACGGAGGAUGGGGAAAUUGUCUACGUUGACUGGAUGCCACAGAAGGACCAAGACACAGGAAAAAUUCAGACCCCAAAGCCAGACUUCUACCACACAGUACAUGACGGCCCCUUAACGACUGUCCAACGUUCCCCAUUUUUCGCCGAUGUUCUCCUCUGUGUUGGUGGAUGGAGUUUCACUCUCUGGAAAGAGGCUAUCAUUAUUGACAAGAAUAACCCUAACUCCGCGGAAGUGGCUAAGAAUUUAAACGUGGCAGAAAAUGAGUCGCUUAAGUCUGGGCCAAUCCUGCAGUCUGCUCCAAGUCCGAUUCGGUAUACGUCUGGGUACUGGUCGCCAUCGAGACCUGGUGUGUUCUACAUCUCCAAGAUGGAUGGCAGUGUAGAUAUUUGGGAUCUUCUGGACAAGACACACGAGCCAUCCAUCACACAGAGCGUUUCGCCCGUCGCCAUUACACGUAUCUUCCCACAUCCUGUUUCUCACAAGCAGCACCUUUUGGCUGUGGGGGACAGCGCAGGGACCCUGCAUAUCCUGGAGAUACCAUGGAGUCUCCGACUCUCAACACCUAAUGAGGAAACUGGUGUGGCUAACUACUUUGAUCGAGAAGUGAAGCGACGAGGGUUUGUCGUCUCCCGUUGGGAUUUCCGAGAAAAGGAGAAGAGAGAAAUUGAGGCUGAGGCAAAGAGGAAGGCCGGGAUUGCUCCGAAUGUUGUGCUCACAGACGAAGAGAUCGAGUACCGCCAGAAGAAUGAAUACCAGCUAUACAUGGAGCAGGAAAACAACUUCCUGCGUGAGCUGGGCAUUAUCAAGGAUGAUGAGCCACUGCCUGAGACAUAGGAGAGAGGGGAAAUGACUCUAAAUAGGACAGGGAGUGGGAAAAUAACUUGUGAUAGAUUUAUUAUGGAAAAUAAUGGGUGUUUAACUGGUUGCUAAAUUAAGAAGUUUGGAAAUAAACAUAAGAAUUUGUAAUUGAAAUAAAUGUAAGGGAUAUUAUUAAUGUAAAAUACCAAAUAUAACCUAAAACACUUUAUGCUCAAAGAUUUAAGUUUUUAAGUAAAGAAAAAUACAGUAAAAAAGUGGAGAUUACCGAUACUCAUUUAUGGCUGAUUGCAAAAAAAAAAUGGCAAGAAUAUGUGUGAUACAAAAAAAUAAGUUUACCAUGUUGUAUACAAUGAGACAAAGGAAAAAAAAAAUUACAAAUGUUAACGUGAACUUUAGCAUGUAUGUCUUUUAUGGUACUUAUGUUGAUUCCCGCAAACAUCAUUAUGGUAUUCCAAUAAAACGUUUGUUAUCCUUUCUGCUUAAAAGAUCAAUUGAUGUAACAUGUACUAAAAAGACUUGUGAUAUUCUGUUUAAAACUUGUUCAAUACAUUUGUGUGAAGGCAUUCAUUCCGUCCAUUGUUUAAUGUUAUUAAUCUUGACUCUGAUUUGAUUAAUGUAUUUAUUAUAUUUAUAUUUCACACAGACUUAAUUCUGCUUUUAUUGGAUAAUAAAACUUGAAACUGU